AUGGCCGACACAGGGUGUCAAAGCUGUCUAGCAGGAUUGAACAUUGUGAAAAAACUUGGCCUAUCCACAGUGGACCUGUUACCUGUUACCCUCAAAAUGCACGCAGCAGACGACCGUAAUAUACCAAUCCUGGGGGCCACGAUUCUCAGAUUGUCCGGAACAAGCAGCAAGGGUGAAGCAGUAUCCACAAGGCAGAUUGUCUACAUCACCAAGCACACCGAUAAACUCUUCCUCAGCAGAGAGGCUUGUACAGAUCUAGGGAUCAUCCCAAGUCAGUUCCCAUUGGUCAAUAAAACAACGGAACCCAGUCAAGGAGACUCCAUUGGCGCCACAAACACCCCUCAACAGGAAUACCAAUGUCAAUGCCCGAAGAGGACACAACCGCCACCAGUCCCCACAACGCUCCCGUACCCUGCCACAGAAGAGAACAGGGCGAAGCUCCAACAGUACCUGCUUGAUUCCUACCAAUCUAGCACCUUCAACACUUGCGAGCACCAAACACUCCCACUUAUGGAAGGCCCCCCGAUGCGACUCAUGAUAGACCCACAAGCCACCCCCACUGCCCACCACACCCCCAUACCAGUCCCGCUACACUGGCAAGAAGAAGUCAAGGCUGGUUUGGACAGAGACGUGCGGCUUGGCGUCCUGGAACAGGUACCAAUAGGUGCACCAGUCACAUGGUGCCAUCGCAUGGUAAUUUGUGCCAAAAAGACAGGAAAACCGAGGAGAACCAUCGAUUUCAGCCCCUCAACACAUAUGCCACCAGGGAAACACACCACACACAGUCCCCCUUCCAUCAGGCACGAUCAGUCCCCCAUGGAAAAAGGAAAACCGUCUUCGAUGCUUGGAAUGGUUACCAUAGCGUACCCCUCCACCCCAAUGACCGACACUUCACUACCUUCAUCACCCCGUGGGGCCGCUAUAGAUACUGCACUGCCCCCCAAGGUUAUAUAG